CUCUAAUGCAAAAAAAUUACACAAAUCUGAUGCGGGGGUUUUGAUUAGAGAGCUGGCACCAGAAAACCAGAGCCGGAAGUAAAUCACUGAACCUUUCUCCGAUACGGUGAACCGCCGCCGGCUACCGGCUCCGUUCAUGCAAUGGUCGUCUGCAAAUGCAAGAAGGCUACGAAGCUGUACUGUUUCGUGCACAAGGUUCCGGUUUGUGGAGAAUGCAUUUGUGCUCCGGAGCAUCAAAUAUGUGUGAUUCGUACGUACUCUGAGUGGGUGAUAGAUGGAGAGUAUGAUUGGCCUCCUAAAUGCUGCCUAUGUCGGGUUGCACUUGAUGAGGGGACUGGCUCUGAAACGACUCGACUUGGUUGCCUACAUGUUAUACAUACUAGUUGCCUGGUGUCACAUAUCAAGAGUUUUCCUUCGCAUACUGCCCCAGCUGGAUAUGUCUGUCCUGGAUGCUCCACAUCGAUAUGGCCUCCCAAGAAUGUGAAAGAUUCAGCAUCCCGCCUUCAUUCGAAGUUGAAGGAAGCUAUUAUGCAGACUGGCUUGGAAAAGAACUUGUUCGGAAAUCAUCCAGUUUCAUUGUCAGAGUCCCGUAGUCCGCCGCCUGCAUUUUCCUCAGAUGCAGGGCGGGAAAAUAUCGCAACUUCAUCUUCGUUAGCAAAAGAUGAAUCUGGAGCAGGGUCUACUAUACUUCAAGUGACAGACAUAGUGGAGAUAGAAGGUCCUAAUUCAGCAGGGAAUUUUAUCAAAAGCACAAGCCCAGUUGGUCCUGGUGCUACGACACGCAAAGGUGCAUUCCAGGUUGAGCGUCAAAACUCUGAAAUGUCAUAUUAUGCGGAUGAUGAAGAUAAUCGUAAAAAGUAUUCACGGAGGGGCCCAUUCCGACACAAGUUUCUUAGAGCAUUGCUUCCAUUCUGGGGAAGUUCAUUGCCAAUUCUUCCAGUGACUGCACCCCAGCGGAAAGAUGGAUCAAUUGCAACAGAUGCACCAGAAGGUCGUCCCAGACAUCAAAAAUCAUCAAGAAUGGAUCCAAGAAAAAUACUUCUUGUCAUAGCAAUCAUGGCAUGCAUGGCAACUAUGGGUAUUUUGUAUUACAGAUUAGUGCAACGGGGUUUUGGCGAUGAGACUCCUGAUGGUGAGCAACAGUAAUCACGUAUAUGAUGUAUGAUGGGACACAGGCGGGCGAUGGUGUAUUACCUCUUAAUUUAGACCUUCUGGCCUUUUGCUGGUAAAUGUUGUUUUUAUUUUAUUUUUGUCUGGACAUGCUUCAUUUUGUUAGUGAAACACACAAAGGACAGCAGAGUAGAAAUUUACAUUUCCGUGUUGAUAGCAGUGAAAUUUUAUAAAAAUCUUGGCCCAUUUCCUCUCC